ACCCGUGAUUAGGGUUUUGUUUGAUUGUGGUUUUUAACGAAAUAUUAUAUAAAAGUAAAUACUGUUUUUAUUUUAGUUGCACGUGCUUCAUGUGUUUAAUCAGCCAAAGAUGAGUUCUGCAAAGAAAAGUGUCGGGAAACGUCCAGCUAAGCGUAAAAGCGUAGUGAAUUGUUGUCGAGCGUGUCUCGCGACGGACGUGAAGCUUGUUCAUAUGCUCGAGCACAAGCUUGAUGAAGAGUUCUUCCGUGUGACGGGGAUCGUUGUAGUUGAGAAGGACAUGCUCCCGCUGCACUUGUGCGUGUGGUGCGCCGCGUUCUUGCGGAGCUGCGCUGCGUUCAGGAGCAAGUGUGUCCGGGUCAACGAGCUAAUCCUACCGCUGCAAGGCAAGUUGACCAUAGAUUCUGUUCGCGCCAUGGACCGCUUCGCUAACCAACUGGUAAACCUGACUCUGACUGACAUCGAAGUUGAAGGUACCGAUGAAAAAUCAAGUGUACCGCUUGAUUUGAAACCAAUAGCAAUGAACAAUGAAAAGAAAGAAUUGUUUGUGGAUAUACAGAGCUCCUACGAAAAUGAGAUUAAGAUUCAUGUAAAGGACGAAAUAAAAAAAACUGAUCUCGAUAAUGAUGAAUAUCAUGAGACAUUUGAAGAUGGUUUUGAAAAUACAGUGUUUAUCGAAGCCAAGUUAGAAAAUGUUUCAGAUAAGAUACAUGAUACAACGCAAAGUGUAGAUACAUGUAUGGGAAUAAAAGGGCAGAAGGAAGUUUGCUAUGCAAGGAGAAAAAGGAGGAAAAAACCUCAUUUGUCGAGGUCCGCAGAGAACGAUUUUUUGCCGGCAGUGGAUGUGGAAGAACUCAAGAAAACCUGGAAUGUGGAUGUCGAAAUAUUAACACAUGAACAGCAGCUGGCGGAGAUAGCGGAGCGCCGAGACUCCGCCGAGUACCGCCAGGCGCAGUACCCGUGCGAGCCCUGCGGGCGCUACUUCCAGGUGGAGAAGGCCUACAGGAACCACAUGCUCAAACACGACAGGAAAGGACAACACAAGUGCCCAGUGUGCACGAUUCGUUUCAGCCUGCAAUGCAGGAUGUGGCGCCACCUAGACACUCACCGCUUCAAGUACGUGUGCCGCGAGUGCGGGUUCGUCUCCCGGACCAGACAACAAGCGGUUCUACAUCACUCUUAUCACGAAGGCAAGAUGUAUACCUGUCAGUACUGCAGGAAACAGUUCAGAAAACUUUCGACGUAUCUCGGGCACGUUCGGCGACGGCACAAGACGAUGCACAUCGCUUGCGAGAUGUGUGGCGAGACCUUUAUCAACAACAAAGGCUUGAGCUACCACAAGGCUUGCGAGCACGGUGUGUCGCUCAAAAAGUAUCGUGAAUGCAAGAUCUGUUCAGUAACGUUCGUCAGCGAAGACGCGUUGAAGAAGCAUCAAGAAACCGGCGCACAGAAAGACCACGCUCUGCUCAGCCCGUGCGCGCAGUGCGGGGACAACUUCGAUACUGCGGACGCGCUGAAGGAACACGUGGACGGCGAGCAUCCGAGCUGCGAAGAGUGCAAUACAACAUUCGUGGACGCGGAGUCAUAUGACGUGCACAUCGAGCGCAAGCAUUACGGCGACCCACAAGCCGCCUGGAGAAAGGAGGCCAACCUCCACACGAUGGCACUUGGCCAAGAGCCGCCCUUCCGGUUCCGGUGCCGGAAUCCGGUAAAGAAAGAAAAAAAAUAUACGUCUUGUUGCGAGCAUUGCGGGAAGGCGUUCACGAACAUUGGUCUCCUGCGCCUGCACUUGAGGAAGCACACGGGAGAAACACCAUACGCUUGCGAGCACUGCCCGAAGCGUUUCGUCACAAAACAAAGAAUAGCGGCCCAUAUGCCCGUGCACACGGGGGAGAAACCGUUCAAGUGUGAGCAGUGCGGCGCCGCCUUUACCAACAAGUGCAACCUGCAUCGGCACGUGCGAAAUGCCCACAUGACACACGCGGGGGAGAAACCAUUCACGUGCGAGCAGUGCGGCGUCGCCUUCACAGACAAGUGCAACAUGCAGCGUCACGUGCGAAACGUGCACUUGGGCAUUCGCAAGAACUCCGUUUGCGACAUUUGCGGGCGAGUGUUCUCAACAAAGUUCGCGAUGAUUAUGCACGUGCGCACAGUGCACAACGGCGAGCCGUGGCCGAAACGUGCCCCCAGGAAGAAACAAACAACUAUAAAACACGCUCAAGAUGAAGAUAUAAACGUAUAUCCUUGAAGAGAUCACAGGAUGAACAUAUGGAGGAGUUUUGAAUGAUUCACGGUUAUCUUCAUUAGACCAUAAAUUAAAUAUAACAAGAUCAUACCAUCCCAUACAUUAAAAUGCGACCGCCUAAGACCGCGCUUACACUCCAUCACACAUA